UCCGGGUUGUUACUGCUUACACAUGCGUAUCUUAAAGCAACGUCAGCUUUAGCAUAGAAGAGCCUUAUAUACAGUUCACUACGUGGCUUCUUUCGAAGUCGUAAAAGCUCUGAAGAAACUUAGGAACACAGCCGAAUAACUACGAGUCACCAUGGAUCAAGUAAUGCAGUUUGUGGAACCCAGCCGGCAGUUCGUGAAGGACUCCAUAAGGCUAGUAAAGAGGUGUACCAAACCAGAUAGAAAAGAAUUUCAGAAGAUUGCCAUGGCAACAGCAAUUGGUUUUGCAAUUAUGGGCUUCAUUGGAUUUUUUGUCAAACUCAUCCACAUCCCUAUCAAUAACAUCAUUGUGGGUGGUUGAAUAUCUGAGGAGCUUCACAGAAGAUCUGAAACGCAGAAUGGAUUCUUAGGGCGGG